UACGUCCUGGAGCUACGGCGUCGGAGAGGGGCCAUCAGAGUGCGGCGGCAGCGGUUCGCCUUUCUCGUGUCCGCUUGACUGACAGCUGCGCGGCGGGAGCAGACGGCGCGGGCUGCUAGCGGCCCGCGGCUCGCAGAGCUGAAGCGCUGCAGCAUGGCGCGCGGCUGCCUCCAGGGCGUCAAGUACCUCAUGUUCGCCUUCAACCUGCUCUUCUGGCUGGGAGGCUGUGGUGUUCUGGGCGUUGGCAUCUGGCUGGCCGCCACACAGGGGAACUUCGCCACGCUGUCCUCCUCCUUCCCGUCUUUGUCGGCUGCCAACCUGCUCAUUGUCACCGGCGCCUUCGUCAUGGCCAUAGGCUUUGUGGGCUGCAUUGGGGCCAUCAAGGAGAACAAGUGCCUCCUACUCACCUUCUUCGUGAUGCUGCUGCUCGUAUUCCUACUGGAGGCCACCAUCGCUAUUCUCUUCUUUGCCUACACUGACAAGAUUGACAGGUACGCCCAGCGAGACCUGAAGAAGGGCCUGCACCUGUAUGGCACGCAGGGCAACGUGGGCCUGACCAAUGCCUGGAGCAUCAUUCAGACCGAUUUCCGCUGUUGUGGCGUCUCCAACUACACUGACUGGUUCGAGGUGUACAAUGCCACGCGUGUGCCUGACUCCUGCUGCCUGGAGUUCAGCGAGAGCUGCGGGCUGCAUGCUCCUGGCACCUGGUGGAAAGCGCCCUGCUAUGAAACAGUGAAGAUGUGGCUUCAGGAGAACCUGCUGGCUGUAGGCGUCUUUGGGCUGUGCACUGCACUGGUGCAGAUUUUGGGCCUGACCUUUGCCAUGACCAUGUACUGCCAGGUGGUCAAGGCAGACACCUACUGCACAUAGGCCGCCUACCAUGCCUGCUUCUCUGCCAAAGGCCACCGCCUGCCAGGAGAUGGCCACACUUAACACCCACCUUUCCCAACAUGAUUUGGUGCUGCAUUCAGGGCUGGGCACAGGGGAGGGGAGGAGCAGCCCAGUAUGGCUGUGGUACCCAGGGCUGGGGGCAGGAGGGGUUUCCGGCAUUUUUAUAUCUGUGUAGUCUCCAGAGCAGUGUUCACACGGGGGGGUGGAGGGGCCAAGGGCCAGGUCUCAGCUGAGACUAACCACUGGUGCUGGUGCCCCAGGCAGGGUGCAGGCCCUGUCAUCCACCUUCUAGCGGGCACAAGGGGUCCAGUAUAUCUUAAUAAAGUGCGUGAGCAGCAACCCCA